AAUUUAUUUUCCAAUAUGUCAGAUGAUAUAUAAAUGCCGCUUAUACAAUUUGAUAGUGCGCUGUCGUCGAACGCCCGGUUUUAGUAAAUAUAUAUAGACUAUAGAGCGACUGUAUCGCCAGUGCUAUACUUGGCAGACUUCUCCACAGACAAAUAUUUUAUGCAGUAAUGAUCAGAAUCGAAUCAGAAAAUCGCCAUCGCUAAACGAUCGCGGCGUCAUAUGAUACCAAGAGACUUAGCCCUGAGGGAUUUGAGUGAUUUCCAUGAAAAAGCUCUGAUAAGAAAAAGUAUUGCAUUUCUCGGUAUAAAGUUGGUAUGUAAGAGCAAAAUAUCCAAAGUAUCGAAAGCAUUUGUAUGUCAUCAAGUCAAGGGAGCAAGAAGAGAUAUUUGUCGACGAGAAUUCAGAAGAAGAAGAGAUAUUUGUCAAAGAAAAUUCGCUGAUAAGAAAACGUGAUUAGAAUGAGUGUAAGAAACAUUCAAACUGCUGGUGCUUCAACUAGGACAGCUAGUCAAGAUCGUCUUCCUGCGGGAAUAGGUAGUUCUCAGAAAAUGGCGGAACGUGAUGGCCGCUAUAUUCAAGCCCAUAAAGAGACAAUCAUUAGCGUGGGCAGAGAACUGUCAGUUGAACCAGCACUUAUUGCAGCUAUUAUAUCUAGAGAAAGUCGUGGUGGAACAGCAAUAGAGCAGACUGGUGGUUGGGGGGAUCAUGGUCAAGCUUUUGGGCUGAUGCAGAUCGACAAGAACUGGCAUACACCACAAGGUGGUUGGAAUAGCAGAGAACACAUUUACCAAGCAACGAAUAUUCUUCGUUAUUUUAUUGAUGCAAAAAACAAUCCAUUUUCCGACCCAGACCAACGUCUUAAAGCCGCAAUAGCUGCAUACAACAAAGGUUUCCAGGGGAUGAACGCAGGAUACAACAACAUUGAUGCCCACACGACUGGAGGAGAUUAUUCAGAUGAUGUGGUUGCAAGAGCACAAUACUUUCAACGAAAUGGCUACAACUAACUGAGAAGAAUAGAGACAAAGUUCGCCAUGUAAUUUCUACAUUAUCUAAUUUGAUGUGAUGUGAGAAGGCAAAUAAAUAGGAAUAACGUGACAGGAUA